UGCACAUUUCUGUGAUAAUCAACACUUUAGUCACGUGAUCCAAGUGUGUACCACGAGCAUACACACCUGUUGGAUCAAUAACGCUGCUUGACGUCUCAUUGGACGGUCAGACGCUGCGCACGACUGCGCUAGAAUCAGGUGUUUUAUUGCGGUAUUUGGACAGAUUACUGCUGUUCCCGCCCUCACAAUCCGUGUUAUGUAACAUUAAAAACAGGUCGCUGUCUGCCUCUACUUUAUAAAACACAGACACAGCUCGGACCUUUUCGCUCGCGGCCUCUCUGCCUCCCGCGUGUUCUCACCUGUAGAGCAGGUGGAGAGGAGUCCCGCCCCUCCUCACUGCAGAGAAGCAGCAGAGAAAGUGACUCCGUGUUUGCGCUGAACCCGCUAUGUUUUAGGUAUUUAGCCGCCCGUCCCGCUCAUUCCCAUAACCACUAUCGCUUCCUACUCAUUUCUACUCGCUAAUCAUCCAUCUGGCCCGCGGCUGCUUCUCUGUCCGGCCCUUAGACCCUCCAAAUAGAAAGUUCACGUCAAUGGUCCGGCCCAGACAUGAUGGUAAAGCGCACUCUGGUGGACUCAACCAACUGUGAGAAUUCAAAAGGGGUGUUUAUGUUAAAUCGUAGCUCCAAGACUGACGGUGUCGUCUCUUAAAUGGACGGACGAACAUAGUUACAAAGAUUCAUACAUGUUCUACCGUGAAUAUUUUUUCCAUGAUGGCGACUGACCGGCCCGUGAAUGAGGCGGCCCACUGGGAAUGCUCCCGACUCUCCCGAUUACCCACUCCGCCCUUGAACGGCUCUUCAUAUCGCCUGCGCCUCCGGUCAUGUGGAAGUGGUCCAGUUCCUGGUGGAGAAUAAAGCCAGGCUUAACCUAUGUGACAAUCAGAAUAGAUCCGCCUUAAUGAAGGCAGUGCAGGGCCAGCAUGAGCGCUGUGUCAGCUUCCUGCUGGAGAACGACGCAGAGCCCAACGUGGUGGACAUCAAUGGCAAUACAGCCCUGCACUUAGCUGCAAACAUUCCAUCCGUGUCCACGGCGGAGUUACUGCUGCAGCACAGCGCCGACAUCGAUGCACAGAACAAGGAGGGCUUCACCCCUCUGACUGUAGCAGUCCGGGAAGACCACAUCGAGAUGGCUGAGUUUCUCCUGAAGCAGGGUGCUGAUGUGAACUGUGUGGACCAAGACCAGAGGUCUCUCCUGAUGUUAGCAGCUGGGCACGGACAGAUCGGUAUGGUGAAGCUGCUGCUGCACUUUGACGCAGACAUCACUCUGAAGGACGCCAAAGGCCUGUCAGCAGAUAACCACGCUGCCAUGAACGGCCAUCACCCCUGCUCCCUCCUGAUCAUAGAACAUGAAACCCAGAAGACCGCUGGAGCCUCAGCGUCGCAUCGAGGUCAGAAGAAGAAGAAACCUGCGCUGGCUAGCCCCUCCCACGAUGCAGAAGCAGGCUUCUCUCUGGGAGGACCCGCCUCCGACAAAGACGAGCUGGGAGCAAAUGAAGCAGGGCGAGAUUUGGAGGAUCACUCUCAGUCGGAGUCUUUAAGUCGUCGGUCUAAAAGUGCUGCUGAUGAAUGGCCUUCAUCGGAGGAAGACGAGGAAUCUGCCAUGACUAAAAAGAAAGGACUCAAAGUGAACCUGAGCAAAAUGACUGAAUCCAGAAGAUGGAAAGCCUCGGUCCUGUUGGACUCGUCCUCUAGUGAGGCUGAAUCUAAACCACAGUCAGACCACCCCCUCCCAGCAGCUCUGUGUCCCAGCAGACCUCUGCAGCCCCCCGUAGACCUUCCCUCUGCCUCCUCCCCUCCCCAACUACCCCAGAUGAGCUCCACCCCUCGCCCCGCCUCCAGAAAGAGGGAGGAGGAGGAUGAGGAUGAAGGAGGAGACGAGGAUGAGGAGGAUGAAGACGUAUCGGAGGAGGAGCCUGGCGGUGGUGGGGGGGCUGCUGAAGCAGAGCAGCUCAGAGAGAAAAAACGAGAUUUUCUAUCGGAGCUGGGUCUGGAGAAGGCUGAGGAAGAGGAAGAUUCCUGGGACUCUGAGUCUCACUCUGAAAACUCCGGCGCCCCUCAUGAGGAGGACCAGCGCUCCUCAGCUCCCCAUCAGCAGAGGUCCUCCCCAGCAGAGGAACACUUGUUUUACAUUCCUUCUUUUUUAAGAGGGAUGGAGGGAUGUAGGAGUGUAGGCAAGACCAGAGGCAGCCAGGAGGAGGCUGGAGACAGCAGUCCUGGGAGACGUGCCGAGGAAGCUGUUGAUGAAGAGGAUCCCAAACGAAAAGGAAAUGGGAAGGCAUGGCAGCCGCUGGAUGUGCUGCAGAAACUUGAAGCAGAGAUCGAUCAGAAGGAAGAUGUGAUGGAAGAGCUUGCUCUGGGGGAGUUCGAUGAUUUCGAAGAUUCUUCUGGCUGGGAUUCCACCAGCACAGCCAGCAAACCGGCCCCGCCAACCCGAGGAACAUCUUCUGCCAAACCUACAGACCCCGGAGCUCCCAGUCCAGAUCCUGAAGACCCCGGAGCUCCCAGUCCACAUCUUGAAGACCCCGGAGCUUCUGGUCCAGAUCCUGAAGACCCCGGAGCUCCCAGUCCACAUCUUGAAGACCCCGGAGCUUCUGGUCCAGAUCCUGAAGACCCCAGAGCUCCAAGUCCAGAUCCUCAAGACCCUGUUCCUUCUGCAGAAAGGACUCCUCAGAGGAGCUCUGAGAAGAGACUGCACGACUCGCCGUCCAAGUCCGGCCUGCAGCCCCAACCUCGGGCCAGAAAGAGGCUCCUUCUGAAACCAGAAGAAGGUUCGUCUGGAGGUUCAGAGACGACAAGCGGCAACAAACCCAACGAAGAAUGCAGAGAAAACCAGCAGCAGGGUGAGACAGAAGCCCUGCCCACUAAAACGGAGCUCCAGGAAUCGGACUCUUCCUGUGAUGGAAAACCAUGGGAGAAACCGGAGUCGGCUUCACCUGAUCGGUCCAAUGAGGCGGAAGAGCGGCAUCCUCCCAAUAGCACCAGCCUGGUUCCACUGCAGACGCAGGUCCGGGUCCAGCAGGCUGCAGACGCUGCAUUACGUCGGGGGCUGGUCGGGGGGGCCCGGCCCAGCAGAGCCCCCCCGACCAGCGGGAGGGUCAACAGGAACCCGCUGUCUGUGUUUGACGAUAGCUCUUUAAGUGAAGAGUCGGACGAGGAAAGAAGGUUGCAGCGGGCCGAACCGCAGCAGAGCCAGAACCCUGAAGACAUGGAGGUGGCAGAAGACCUGGAUGAACUCACGCAGUCGUCAGACACAGCCACAGAAGACAUCGACUCCUCUGGCUACCAUCAUGCAUCUCUUCUGGUCCAGAAGCUGGACUCGGCCAGUCUGGACCCGACCAGCAUCGCCAAGCUGCAGAACAUUUUCCAUGAAUACGAGCGGACCAUCCAGAAGGUGAAGAGUCGUCAUGGUUACCUGUCAGACAAGGUGAACCAGCUGGAUGCGGAGAGGGUGGAGUUAAAGAGCUCGCUGGAAGAAGUCAAAGAUGCAAAAUCUGCACUGGAGCGAAACCAGCUGGAGCUGCAGACUGAAGUCACGAACCUGAAAUUCCAGCUGAAACAGGAGCAGGAGAACCGCCGCAACGCCGACAGCAUGUACCACAGCACCAGAGACAAGCUGAGGAGGACGGAGGAGCAGCAGCAGCUUGAUCUCCAGGACAAGCAGAAGGUGGAGCUGAUGCUGAGAAACCUGGAGCUGGAGAUGAGGACGCUCAUCAGCAACACGAAGCGGCUGGAGGAGGAGCACAGUGAGACCCAGAGGCUGCUGAGUCAGGAGCGCAGCGCCCGGACACUGCAGGAAAACCUGCUGAACAGCCACCUGAGGAGACAGCAGGAGAUGGAGGAGGAGAACAAGAGGAGUGUGAGCAGGAGCAACGAGGCCUUGUCUCAGCUCACCGAGGCCAGCGACCGGGAGAGGGAGCUGCUGCAGCAGAUCUCCACCCUGCAGGCUCAGCUGGCCGUCCUGAGGACCGACCUUGACCGGUCCCAGUCCAGCGGGAGCCUCAGGGAGAGCCAGCUGCAGGAGGAGAACGAGGCGCUGAAGGAGAAGCUGGAGGAUGUCCAGCGGGACCUGAAACUUAGCAACGAGGCCGUGACCCAAACCAUCUUCAGCUGCAACAACCAGCUGACCGCGCUCCAAUCUGAGCUGGCCAAAACUGCCAGCCGCCUGGAAGGUGAGCGCCAACUCCACGAGUCUCUGGAGGCGGAGCUGGAGUCGACGCGCAGCCGGCUGACGGGAGCGCUGGCGGAGGUGGAUCUGCGGCUGACUGCUCAUUCCGAGGCGGAAAAAGCUCUGCUGCGAGAGAGGGAGGAGCAUCAGCGGCUAAGAGACAAGAUCAGAGGUGAAGCGGCGAGCCAGCGUGAGGCCGUCGGUGGCCUGACCCAGAAGCUGGCCAAAGCCGAAGCUCACGAGAACAGCCUGGAGAACGAGCUGCACCGGCUCACGCUGCAGCUGACCGAAAAGAGCCUGCUUCUGGACGUCCUCCAGCGGGAGAAGGAGCAGGCGGCGGUGCGCGUCAAGGAGCUGGAAGCGGCGCUGCAGGCAGAGCGGGAAUCCGGCAGCCGAGCGGCGGCGCGCCAGGAAGCGGCACAGGAGCGACUGGCGCAGGCGCACAGCGACGCCAUGCUGCUCAGGCAGCAGCUGGAGGAGGCCCAGAACAAAGGCUCGGCCAAAGAGCGCGCCGUGACCGACGCUCAGGAGCGCUUCAGCGACAUCCUGUCCAAACUGCGCUCCGACUGCGAGGAGAGGGUCCAGCUGCUGGAAGAGCGGAACAAGGAGCUUGCCAAAAAAGCUGCCGACCUCUGUGAGAAGAUGUACAAGCUGGAGGAAGAGAAGAACGACAGAGAGACAAACCUGCGGCAGCUGCAGCAGGAGUUAGCCGACUCUCUGAAGAAGCUGUCCAUGAGUGAAGCCUCCCUGGAGGUAAACACUCGCUACCGCAGCGACCUGGAGGAGGAGAAGACUCGGCUGCUCAGAGACCUGGAUCGGCUCAGAGCCAAGCUGGAGGAAAGUGAAGACCAGUUUGUGCAGGCGGAGAGACGAGUCCACGCUCUGAAGAGCAGCUUGAGUGAAAAGGAGCAGGAGCUCGCCAUGACCGGUCAGAAACUGCAGGAGGCGCUGUCUUCCUCUGCAGCGUCAGCGCUCACCAGCAAGCAGCUGGAGGAGGAGGUGCAAAAACUGGAGAUCGAAAACGCCAAACUGGAAGCAGCUGCAAAGCAGCAGAGCAGGAAAAUGGAGGCUCUGCAGAAAGAGGCAGAAGAGGCUGUGAAGCUAACUGACUGCUCACCUGGAGGAGGGGUCCGCGGUCAUCUGGAGGGCUUGGUAACAAACCUGCAGACCAGUAAGAUGACGUUAGAGGAACAGCUCAACAAGGAGGUCCAGAAGCAAAGCGUGAUGUCUCACACGGCCCAGGACUCUCAGGCGCUGUGGGAGGAGGAGCUAAAGAGCCGUUCUAAGCUAGGAGUGCGUCUGGCAGAGCUUGAGAAAGAAAAAGGGGAGCUGAGCGCCCAGAUGGAGGUAGAGAAGAAGAAAGUGAAGAAGGUCUCGGAGCAGAAAAAGGCCGUGGACACUCGCCUGGAUCAGGAGAUGAAGAGAAACGCAGAGCUUCAGAAAGAAAUGUACAGGCUGAAGACUCUGCUGAAGACGGCGAAGAAGAAGCUGCGGGAUCAGGACGCCGGCGCCGCGGAGCUCCUGUCUCCGUCCAGCAGCGUUCGGAUGGAGCACAGCAGACACGCAGCUGACGGACGGAUGCAGGACAGGGUAGAGGAUCUGCAGGUGCAGCUGCACAGGGAAGCUGCUCGAUGCAACCAGCUGGAGCGAGUGAACGGAGAGCUCCAGAACCAGCUGGACUCCCUGAGCAGCUUGAGCCAUCAGAACCAGCAGCUGGAGAAGAGCAAGCAUCAGCUGGAGGAGGAGGUUCUGGAUCUGCGGCGCCGCAUGGAGGCCACGCAGGCCGAGUACAGCCAGGUGGCCAAGGAGCGGAUCCGGCAGGAGGUGCAGCACAAGCUGGAGGAGGUCAACCUCUUCCUCCAGACCCACGCCGCUUCUCAGGAGGCGCUGGACCAGAUGAAAGCGGCCAACGAGGCCAGCCUGCGCUCUCAGUUUGAGCGGAGGAUCCGAGAGCUGGAGGCGGAGCUGGGGCGGGCCCGCAGCACUGAGCAGGACAGCCUGACGCAGAGAGACUCCACCCGCUUUGAGCUGGAGCGCUUCAAGCAGCUGCACUCGGAGGAGCAGCGUCUCCGCAAGUCCUUGUCUGCCAAGCUGGAGAGGGCCAACAGUCGGCUGGCAGAAGCCAACUCCAGGCUGCUGGACGAGCGCAGCAGGUCCCUCAUCUCCAGUGGGGGUCUGCUGGGGGCCACGCGGGGGCCCCCGCUGGACCUCAGUUCUCUGGCUUCUCCAGCUAUCUCUCACGGGCCUCUCAACCUUGGGGUUUCCCUCCUCAAUCCUGCCCCCGAGGGCCAGCGCAGCGGCGUGGACGACUACCUGGCAAAGAUGCUGCGGGAGUUGGACCGGAGCAUCUCCAAAGAGUUAAGGAAAGCCAAUGUGGAAGUGGAUGCCUGCACACACAUGGACCCACUGACCCGGGCGACGCAGGAGUACCUGGAGGUCAUGAAGAAAAACCGAAGCCUCUGAGUCAUCAGUCCAGCUGCUCAGCUUCCUUAUGUUUUAAAUCGAGUGUAAUUAAAUGACUUUUUAUAUCAAUCCUGAACUUAACUCCACCCCAGCAGCACACGGGAACUCUCUCUGCAUCGGAGAGCAGGAGUCUGGGAUUUCUGGGAUGUCCCUGAAUGCAUCAUUUCCUGCAUUCCUGACGUUAACACUUCGCAUUAAUGCAGGAGGGAAAGGCAUGACCGCAUUCUCACAGGUAUUAUCAUGAUGCAUGUUUGUAAGUAUUUCUCAUAUGGAUGUCGGUACUUGCCAUCAGAUGGUGCAAUAUCUUCUCCCAUCCAAUAGUGUUUCCUUAUUUUUAUGAUGUUAUUUAUAAAUUAAUCCCAUUGAAAUACUUGAAUCUGACGACUGGAACCUUCUCCAGCUGAAAACUGUUUGUUUGCUAAAUACUGUAACAACUGCGUUACUCAUUAUGUCACGUUGGUCCCUUUAGGUUACAGUCUCAGACAUCUGUGGACGAAAUUUUAGGGGAGAGUUGUUGAUCUGUUUUCCCUCUCUGCAGAGGAUCUUCUCAGAGUUAAAUUGAACUCAUCAUUCCUCAAGCAGACCUAAACGUUUGUUUCUGCUUUUUGGUUAGCUCAGAUCUUGUGAAAUCUCCAGUUUUUGUUCUAUGAGCUUUAUUUGACAAAUUCCAUGACAAAGUCCUCAAACCUACAAUCCUUUAUUAAAUCCUGCAGCUGCAGAGUAAAGACCUUCACUGUUCCUGUAAAAUAAAGUCAGUUUUGAGAUCAGACUCACUCAGAACGAUGAAGAAAUAUGUGAAUAUGAUCAGAACAAUGACUGGUUUCCAUCUGUUAGAAUGAGGUAGGACUAUGUUCAUCGUCUUAAACACCGUUUUUGUCUUUCAGAGUCAUGAAUGAGAAAUGAUCAGCUCUGUUCUCAGGUGGAUCCUCCAACUUAAUUAAAAAAGCACAUUUUAAAGGUUAAACUAGAGGAUUGUAAAAGCUUGUAAAGGGUUAAAAGCUUGUAAAAAAUGAAUGAUGUUGUUAUUAUUGUUUCCUAAAAUAAAGAGAAUGUUGCAGAAGAGAA